AUGAGACCAAUCACCGCUACGUUCACUACACUAGGUAUAAAAAUAGAUAUUUUCAAACAAAGAAGCGCUUUGAAGGAUACUGCUUACUACAUCAAAGAAGAUUACCCAUUGUACGUGUUGGAAAAAAGAAGACAACUACAAGAACAAGUACGAGCCGAAAGAGAGAAAGGCAACUACGCAACAAUAAAAUAUGACAAACUUGUUAUACACAGCAACACGAACGCUACUAGUAAAAACAAAAGAAUGCUCUCAUUAUCCCCUGAAAGCAACAAUUCGACACAGGACGAAAACAAACGAUCGCAAGCUAGCAAGAAAAAUAAAACCCAGGCGCCGAUCAAAAGGACGUCAAGUUUAUCGGAAGGAGUACUUAAACCUGGAAUUUUGAACUACUUGACCAGCUCUAAAAAUUCAAGUAAGACUCCGAAACAACAACACGACGACGAAAACACUAUCAUAUAG